AUGAGUUCUACGCAAGUUGAAACUAAGACGGAGGGAGUUCCGGAAAAACCGAACGCUUGGAAUGAUAGAAGGAACAAAAAAAACGAAUUCCAAGAUGGAAGGGUCUUACCGGUUUAUACGUGGAAAGAGUCAGCUAGGGAUUGGUACAAGCAGGGAUUACAGAAAAGUUAUACUGACGAGCAAGUGGAAUAUAAUUUGCUUCUGAGUUUGCCGUUUUAUCCGGAAACAGAUGGAAAAAGAAAGGCAGAGAUUAUCAAUACAGACAUCGGUGGCGGAAACUAUAUCCAUGAAUUUUAUAUUGAGAAUACAGAAAAGCCGAGCACACCAGCAGUGGUAGAUAAGGAUCCGGUAACCGAUGUUGUAUUGAUACACGGGUAUGCUGCUUCGUUGGGGUUAUUUAUCGAUAAUUUUGACUUGUUAUCGUCGGCACCCGGUAUUAAGAUACAUGCCAUUGAUCUUUUAGGGUUUGGGUUCUCGUCUAGGCCCAAGUUUCCAAGCUUUCCAUCAGAGACCAAAGGGGACAUAUUCAAGAUCGAAGAUUGGUUUAUUGAUGCGGUUGAGGAAUGGAGAAAGAAACGUAACAUCAAUAGGUUUAUUUUGAUGGGCCAUUCGUUUGGCGGAUACUUAAGUUGUGCGUACGUGUUGAAGUAUAACAAGAGCUUAGUUGAUGCAGCAGGAAAACUGCAGCCUGGAAUGGUUGAUAAGUUGGUGUUGAUUAGUCCUGUAGGGCUUGAGAGAAAUAAGUUUUCCUUGUUGAAGGACGAAGCAUCUGAAGGUAUAUCCGAUGAACGUAGAAAGCUGGAAAAUCAAGACGCUCCAAGUAUAGCGUUAGAGGAUGAAGUUAACGCUGACCAGGAAUCAAUCAUUCAUAAUGAGGACCAAGAGUCUACCGAGGAAAAGGUAUCGAGGAGUAGAAGGUUGCUUGAUGCGUUAUGGAGACGUAAUUACUCGCCAUUUUCUAUCGUUCGUAAUAUGGGACCUUUAAAAUCUAAGAUGAUUUCUAGAUGGACUACCCAUAGAUUUGCCCAUAUAUAUUUCACAAACCCUAUGCAAUUUCAAGCCAUGCACGAUUACAUAUAUAGAGUAUUCAACGGUAAGGGUUCGGGCGAAUUUGCAAUUACUAGGAUUUUAGCAACUGGUGCGUUGCCAAAGUUGCCAUUAUUAGACAGAUGUCCCGAAAAAUUUGUCAAGAUGAAUACUCCAACCUUUUGGAUAUAUGGUGAUAAAGAUUGGAUGAAUGACGAAGCCGGGUUGGAAAUGACAAAUGAGAUCAAUAAGUUGUCAAGCAUAGCUAUGGGAAAGAACUUGGCCCAAUUCAGUAUAUUACCAAAUUCAGGACAUCAUCUUUAUUUGGAUAAUCCAAAAGAUUUCAAUAAAGAAAUUUUCAAAUUUAUAGGCUUUAAAAGCUCAUAG